AGACUGUGAGCUGUUGUCGCACUUAGAAAAGGGAACAUUUUUCAGUUGUUUCAGUAUAAGACACCAUUGUUUCACAAUGAGUUCUUGCUGCUCAUUCAAAUGUUGUUUCAUUUUCUUCAACACCAUCUUCUUGGCAUCUGGGAUUGCCCUUAUCACAAUUGGAGCCCUGCAAUACUCCACUUACAGUCAGAUCGGGACCUUUGCAGGGAGUGGCUUGUCCAAAAUCGCAAUCGUCCUCAUUGCUGUGGGAGUCAUCAUCACUCUUGUGUCCUUUUUGGGACAUUUUGGGGCAUUUCAGGAUAACUCCUCCAUGCUUUCUUGUUUCAUCUGCAUCCUGAUAAUCAUCAUCUUAUUGGAGAUAUGUGCUGGAGCUGCCUUUUAUAUAUUUCGCAGCAGGACUGUCCUCCUGCAGGUGAAUAGCGGCAUCAACAUCCAAGCUAAGGCAGUGGUCCAUAUUUAUAACCCCAGUACCCGACAUGCCAUAGACAGAAUUCAGGAAAAGUUCAGCUGCUGUGGCGCUGAAUCUUACACUGACUGGUUCAGCAGUGAGGGCUGGAAAAACCAUGAUGCAGUGCCAGAUUCCUGCUGCCCAGAGAAAACAGAAGGCUGUGGACAAGACAAGGAAAAAGUGUUCAAAAAGGGAUGCAUCUCAGCUAUAAAGUUUUUUCUGUUAAAGAAUCUGGUAUGGGUUGGCGGUGUCUGCAUCGCUCUUGGAAUCACUGAGGUGUUUGGAGUGUUAGUUGGCAUGUGCCUGUGUCUCAAGAUUAAAAGCAAGAAUUAUCAAAACAUCGACUGAUUCAUCACAACAGCCAUCUUAAGACAGCUACUAAGUCACUAAUAAACUGUUUGAACAUCA